AUGAGGAGCCUCGGGUUCGGUACUGCUGCAGCUGGGUCGCCGGCGACCAUGCGUGCGGCCUGGCGGGCGGUGCGGUGGUCCGUAGUGGUGCCGACGCUGCAGCUGGCCGUGUACGUGUGCGCCGCCAUGUCGCUCAUGCUCUUCCUCGAGCGCCUCUACAUGGCGGUCGUGGUCGCCGGUCUGUGGCUGCUCCGCGGCCGCAAGCGCGCCCACCGCAGGGACGGUGACCAACAACAAGACGACCUGGUGGAGGCCGCCGCCGACCACUGCCACCCCAUGGUCCUAGUCCAGAUCCCCAUGUUCAACGAGAAGCAGGUUUAUCGGCUGUCGAUAGGAGCGGCGUGCGGGAUAUCGUGGCCAUCUGACAGGUUGGUGAUUCAAGUGCUUGAUGACUCCACGGACCCGGCCAUCAGAGAGCUUGUUGAGGUUGAGUGCGCGCGCUGGGCAGGCAAGGGCGUGCGCAUCCGGUACGAGAACCGCAGCAACCGCAGCGGGUACAAGGCCGGCGCCAUGCGCGAGGGCCUCAAGAAGCAAUACGUCAAGGAGUGCGAGUUCGUGGCCAUCUUCGACGCCGACUUCCAGCCCGACGCCGACUUCCUCCGCCGCACCGUGCCGCUGCUGCAGCGCGACCCCGGGGUGGCGCUGGUGCAGGCCCGCUGGCGCUUCGUCAACGCCAACGAUUGCAUCCUCACGCGCAUCCAAGAGAUGUCCCUCAACUACCACUUCGCCGUAGAGCAGGAGGUGGGCUCCGCCUGCCACGCCUUCUUUGGCUUCAACGGCACCGCCGGCGUGUGGCGCAUAGCCGCGCUGGCUGAUGCGGGUGGCUGGAAGGAGCGCACCACCGUGGAGGACAUGGACCUGGCUGUGCGGGCCAGCCUCCGCGGAUGGCGCUUCGUCUACGCCGGCGACCUGGACGUGCCUAACGAGCUGCCCAGCACCUUCAGGGCGUACCGCUACCAGCAGCACCGGUGGUCGUGCGGCCCCGCCAACCUGCUCCGCAAGGUGCUCCCAGAGAUCCUGCACAGCGACCGGGUGUCGCCGUGGAAGAAGCUGCACCUCAUCUACGGCUUCUUCUUCGUCAGGAAGGUGGUGGCGCACCUCGUCACCUUCCUCUUCUACUGCGUCGUCAUCCCGGCCUGCGUGCUCGUGCAGGGCGACGUGCGCCUCCCCAAGUACGUGGCCAUGUACGUGCCGGCCGUCAUCACGCUGCUCAACGCCGUAUGCACGCCCAGGUCCUGGCACCUGCUCAUCUUCUGGAUCCUCUUCGAGAACGUCAUGUCCAUGCACCGCUCCAAGGCCGCCGUUAUCGGCCUGCUCGGGGCCAGCCGCGCCAACGAGUGGGUCGUCACCGACAAGCUCGGCAGCGGCAAGUCUACCACCAGUGGUGUCGUCGCUCCAACGAGGAGGAAGAAGAAGAAGCCGGCGGCGGCGAGAAAGAGGUUAUGCAGCCGGGAGGUGCAUGUGCUGGAGCUCGUGAUGGGGGCGUGCCUGCUCUACUGCGCCGUCUACGACAUGGUCUUCUUCGGCCACGACCACUUCUACAUCUACCUGCUUCUGCAGUCCGCGGCGGCCUUCAUCGUCGGCUUCGGCUACGUCGGCACCUUCGUGCCCGCCGCCGCAGCCUCCUGA